CAUUUGAAGACCUCUGAUGAUAUUGAAAGAAAAAGAGAAUAGAGUAGUAAUAAUGCCUCCACAACUUCAUCAAUCUCCACUUCCUAUUCUCAACCCUCUACUUAGAUCCUCACCUCCUUCCUCCCCUAAACACCAGAGAGAAUCAAAGAUCACCAUGCCAAAAUUCGCUGUUCGUAAACUCGUACCUCUUCUCAUCUUCAUUCUUUCAAGCCUCUAUGUUCUUCGACUCCUCCGGAUCUCUUUAAAGUCUUCAUCCUCUACUUCUCGUUCCCUCUCUUCCACCACAUUUCGGUCCUCAUUCAGUCAGCGGAUCAGUGCUAAUGCGAGCCAGAGCGCUCUCACCGAAAAGGAACUCAAGCUCUUAUCAGACACCGUUACUAGUAGAUCACCUUGCAACGUCCUUGUUUUCGGGGUUGCAACUCAAUACCUCACGUUAUCUUCAAUCAACACCAGAGGCAUUACAGUCUUUCUGGAAGAUGAACAUUCAAAGACAAAAGCUGAAGUAAACCCCAACACCACGAGAAUCUACAGCUUGAAGAACCAUCGCAUGGAAGUCAAGAACGCUUACAAACUGCUCCGACAUGCCCGAGCUAACCCCGCAUGCGCACCUAAUAUGAAUUCUCUACAUCAAGGCUCAUCGGAAUGCAAACUGAGACUGAAGGAUUUGCCACAGGAAGUACACGAUACCAGAUGGGAUGUGAUAGUUGUUGAUGGACCGCGUGGGGAUGACUUAGAGGCGCCAGGUAGGAUGGGGAGUAUAUACACUGCAGCUGUGUUAGCAAGAAAAGGAAGCAGUAACUCAACGACAGAUGUUUUUGUGCAUGAUGUGCAAAGGACUGUUGAGAAGUGGCUCUCCUGGGAAUUCUUGUGCCAGGAGAAUCAGGUUUCAGCUAAAGGAAACUUGUGGAAGUUUCGGAUCAAGGGUCGAUCAAAUGCAUCUAGGUUUUGCUCACCAGAAACAGGCCUGAUCAGAUAUUAG